AUUAUCCGCACUUGCACUUCCUCUUCAAGCUCCCUUUAUUUUCUCUAUAUUAUAUAUACCUAAUACCAAUAUCAAGCAUUGACUCACAAAUAUCCAUGGCUUCUGCUGCAACCAUUUCAUCACCAGGAUCAGAAUCACCAAAGGUUCAUGCAUCGGACAUUCCAAGCAUCAAAGCCUUUGCAGAAUCAAACGGAGGUUCCCUCAUCCCUUCCACUUACCACUCUAUCAUAGACCCUCAUGAUGAUGUUGCAGACGAACUUGCAGCUUCCAUCCCAGUCAUUGACUUGUCUCUCCUCACUUCACACGACCCUCAAAUCCACGCCAAAGCCGUGCGUCAACUCGGCAAGGCCUGUGCAGAUUGGGGCGUCUUCUUGCUUACAAAUCAUGGAAUUUCGGAGAAGCUGAUGGAGGAGGUGAUGAACAAGUCUCUCGAGUUUCAUUAUUUACCUGUGGAAGAAAAAAAGGAGUUUGAUGACAGUGGCAAAAGCCCUUUUACACCCAUAAGAUAUGGCACCAGCUACAACCCUGAAGCAGAGAAGGUUCAUUAUUGGAGAGAUUAUCUCAAGGUUAUCACCUCUCCUCAAUUCAACUUCCCCAACAAGCCACCGGGUUACAGGGAGGUUGCGUUUGAGUAUACUCGAGAAAUAAGAGGUGUGGUGAGGAAGCUGCUUGAAGGAAUGUCGGAGAGUUUGGGAUUAGAAUCCGAUUCCAUAAUAGAGUCAACAGGUUUUGACCCUGGCUUUCAGGUCUUGGCCGUGAACCUAUAUCCACCGUGUCCUCAACCACACCUUGCACAAGGUCUGCCUCCACAUUCUGAUCAAGGCUUCAUGACACUUCUCAUGCAGAAUGGAAUUGGAGGGCUCCAGGUUAAGCACGAUGGCAAAUGGGUCAACGUGAAUCCCCUUCCAAAUUCAUUAGUUGUCAUAAUUGCAGAUCAAGUUGAGGUUUUGACUAAUGGGAAGUAUCCUAGUGUGUUACACCGAGCAAUUCUCAACAACACAGACACUAGGAUCAGUCUUGUGGUGUCCAAUGGACCAUCGCUAGAUAAGGAAAUUGGACCUGCGCCGGAGCUAUUGGAAAACGAAAAGCCAUUGUUCAAAAGCUAUAAGUACCAGGAGUACUUCCACGCUCAACAGAAGACACGAUUUGCUGAUAAAAGUAGCUUGGAAAAUGUUCGGGUUAAUGUUGAAUGACGAUAGAUAUCUAUCUAUUUUGGCCUCGUCCUUUGAACAACACGGGAUGAAAAUUAUCCUAAUUUAAAGAUUGGAGGAUGGUUA